UUGCAGGAUACGGCCCAGCAACCGACGGCUGAGGACUCGCAGGCGGCGCUUGAGCAGAGGGAAGAAUUUGAGAGCGACGAGUCUACUGAGAGUGAAUCUAAGGAAGAGGAAGAGGAUGAGGAGAGCUUUGCUUCCUCGGGGUCUGAGUCCACGGAGCAGGGUGAAGAAAAAGAAGAGGAGGAGGAGGAUGUAGAUCAGCAGAUGAAGUCUUCACUGACUGAAAAGCCGGACGCGCCAUGCGAAAAAACGUCAGAGCAAGAGGCUACCGAUGGGGAGGUUGUUGGAAAAAAGGAGUCCGCUGCCAGUCCGCCUGCUGAGCCCUGUGAGGGCGAAACCUUGACAGGAACUCCCACUGUGACUCAAUCCAGCGCCGACGCUGCGGAGUCUCCGGCGCGAGAAGAG